AUGGUGCCAAAACCAAAAAGCAGCGCCGUCCAGUCGGCCACGCACCGCCCGCUUCCUCCCCUCCCCAAGCUCCGCGUGCGACAACCGAACAAGCCAGAGACGAACCCAUGUCUGGGAGCCAUGUCGUCCGUUCUGGGAUGCUGGGCAUCGUCUGGAUACAGCGUGCAAGGCUGCGCACAGCUUGAGCAGAAAUUGCGCCAGUGCAUGGAUGCGCCACGAGACCCCAACCAGAAGAAGAACAACAUCAACUUCCACCUCUCGAGAAUGUACCCCAAGAUUGUCGGCCCUCACAAGCGCAAAUAGCGACUCGUCUGAUUUCUGUACGCGUAUACCCAUGAACAGCAUCUGGAGAAGUUACUCUGCUUAUUGGUACAACGGCUCUACCGUGGCGUAUCGAUGGCUGUAUAUAGUCAUGCUGAAGAGUGGGACCGCCGGCGACAUGUUGAACUGGGCCAAUCUCUACGUGGAACCGUCAGCCCGUACGCCUUGAGCGAGCCGUGAAGUAUGCGAGUGCGAGUGCGAGCGAGAUGCAGAAUGCGACGUGUAGCCACAGUCAGGCCAUCCACGCGGCUGAUUGUAGAGAAGUUUGGGCCAUGGCCGCCGCCGAAUCGCGUGGGUGCCCGUCGCUUAAUCUCCCGUGGCUGAAUGCACAUUUUAGGUCGAAGUUUAUGCGCCAUUGCC